CCUCCGGAUGUGAUAGUGCGGUUGAUCAGUUUCCCACACAGCUGGCUAGAUUCCAGCUACGCCCUUGGGACCACAGAGCCUCGGACUCCCACUUAGGUCUCCUGCUGCCCACACUCCUGCCUUGAUCUGCAGCCCAAUAAAGGCUGGGCCCCUGGCAGCAGGGCUCAGCAUGCUUGGUUCCUCUCCUCUUCUGUUCUCCUCGGUGUCCCCCCAGAGCCCUGUGGCCAUGACACAGCUGCUCCUGCUUAUUGUGGCUCUCCUGGUCCUGGGUCGUGUUGCUCCAGGGAGAAGUGAAUUCAAACGGUGCUGGAUGGGCCAAGGGGCCUGCCGGCCUUACUGCACGAAGUACGAAACCUACAUGCACCUGUGCCCGGAUGCCUCCCUCUGCUGCCUCGCCUAUGGAAUCAAGCCUGUGGCAGCCUCCAAGACUUAAAAUGUUUAACUGGUUCUGGGGCUGGCACCCUUGCUCUACAAUAAAACACAAGCUGUCAGCUGUCUCCUCUUGUCACUGCUUCACCACCGCCGGGGGUGGGGUGAGGGGUUGGAGAGGGACUGAGUGUGAGAGGGACGGAGGGAUGGUUGGUGGAGGGAAGUGAGGUGCCUGAGGAGAGUGGGCAUUAAUGACCAUUGUUAAUGGUUCCGGUCCAGUCUGUAUCACUUUGAUUCUGUCCAACUCUGGAAAAAUUACUCAACUUCCGUAAGCCUUUCCAGUCUGCUCAUCCAUAAAAUGGGG